AGUUAGUUGUUGAAGAUGGAGAAGAGGUUUCCAUUAAUAAAUAUAAUAUAUCCUCAGCAAUGGGAAGUUGCAGAAGGCGGAAGGGUGAAGAAGAGAUAGACAUGGGACCCGUCUCCGACGCCGUAAUCCGCCAGCAGAGCCCCGUCGUCGGACAUCAAACACUGCUCCUCGCCGCCGCCGUCCAUCACCAACACCAGUCUGUCCCGCGGAAGCUGCUUAUCUUGGACGCAGAUCUCCUUCUUCAAGUCCAACACGGUGGCGCCGUCCCCCAGCAGGACAUUGAACCACCGCCCCGUCAGUAUCUCCACCGCCACCAUCAUCAUCAUCAUCAUCAUCAUCUCGCAGAUCUUCGAUUCUUAAAUAUUUUUGGGAUAUUUUAAAAUUCUUGGAGGUAGCAGAGGUUGGAGGCGACACAGUAGAGUAGUGAGGCGGCAGUCGGAGGUAAAAUCUAUGAAAAAUGCUAGCGGUACAACUUUCGUA